GCGGAAGCGCGGCGAGGCGGGCGGCGGCGAGGGAGGAAGCUGGGGGGCGGCGGGCUUUGCGGAGCCGGGCGGACGCCAUGGGCCGGCUGCAUUGCACGCAGGACCCCGUGCCCGAGGCCGUGGGCGGCGACAUGCAGCAGCUGAACCAGCUGGGCGCGCAGCAGUUCUCGGCCUUGACAGAAGUGCUCUUCCACUUCCUAACUGAGCCAAAAGAGGUGGAAAGGUUUCUGGCUCAGCUCUCUGAGUUUGCCACCACCAAUCAGAUCAGUCUUGGCCCUCUCAGAAGCAUCGUGAAAAGCCUCCUUCUGGUUCCAAAUGGUGCCUUGAAGAAGAGUCUCACAGCAGAUCAGGUCCGGGCCGAUUUCAUAACUCUUGGUCUUAGUGAGGAGAAAGCCACUUACUUUUCCGAAAAGUGGAAACAGAGUGCUCCCACCCUUGCUCGAUGGGCCAUAGGACAGACUCUGAUGAUUAACCAGCUUAUAGAUAUGGAGUGGAAAUUUGGAGUAACAUCUGGGAGCAGUGAACUGGAGAAAGUGGGAAGUAUUUUUUUACAAUUAAAGUUGGUGGUUAAGAAAGGAAAUCAAACUGAAAAUUUGUACAUAGAAUUAACCUUGCCUCAGUUCUACAGCUUCCUGCACGAGAUGGAGCGAGUCAGAACCAGCAUGGAGUGUUUGAGCUGAUUUCUGGCCCCUUCCCUGCCCCCUUCUCUUCCAUGGGUGGCUGCUCUGAGAGGCACCUCACUCACAGGCCUGUGGGGUGCUGAUAAGGGCCCUGCUUGCUUCUUGGGAGCCCAGGUGCAAAGGUUUCUGGAAAACAACGGGAUUAAGUACUUAAAGAGCCCUAUACGAUUACUCUGUGAAUUCUUUGUUAAGAGAACCUCCAGCACCUAUCUCCCAGGACACUUUUUAGGUAUUCAGACAGGCUAUUACUGCAUCUCAAAUUCAGGGGAGGAAGUAAAUGGUUACCUCCCCAUCAAAGUUCCAGAGUAAACAGAUGGUGCCAUCAUUCAAGAUGCACGCUGAUCACCCUCCCCUCAAAAAAGCAAGGGCUUAUUUAUGGCUGACACAUGUGGGGAGCCCCCAGCGAUUUUGCUACACACUCUGCAUUUGUGGUGGUGGUGGUGCAUUGCUAAUCAGUUUUUAAUGGGGCACCUGUGUAUAAAUACUUGCUUGGUCUGCUCUGAAAAGAACUGAGGCCAACCUCUGUCCUCAUUUCCGGUUGUGCCCUGUUGUGUUGUAAUGAGGCUAUUUUAGCUUGUUUUGGUUCAGGCUGACCUUCUCUGUUGGUUAGAUGAUGAAUAAAAAAAAGGUUCUAAAGAAAAGGUCUGAAUCUAGUUGUCUCUAUGCAUGGAUGAAAGAGUCAUCUGCCUUGCAGAGCGCUAGUGCUCUACUCUAAUCUUCAACAUUUAUUUUCCUGGUUUUGUUGAAGGCCCUGAGUCUUCAGUGAAAUUAGCUGUAGUCCAAAGGUGGAAUUUGUAAGAGCAGUUCAGGGGAGACUCGGGUUAAAAACAUCAUGAAAAGCAUGAGUGCUUCGUGUUCUGAUGACUUUAGGUCCCCACCUAGCAUGUGAUUUCUCCUCAGGAAUUUUUUUAAAAUUUUGAAUAGAUAAUACAUGCCCAUGGUUCAAAAGGUACAGUGUAAAGUAAUUCCUUCUCACCCCCAUUCCCCAGUUACCUAGUUCCUUUCCCCAGGUAACCACCAUUAUAGUUUAUGUUCUUCCAGAGAUAUUUUUGCACUUGCAAGUACAUGGGCAUGGAGGUUGA